AUGGGUAAAACAAUCGUGUAUGUUCGCUUUCCAUUCAAGCGAGGGGCUUUUGAGGACCCUGGGAAGAUCCGAUUCACCGAACGACAGGAGCAGGAGCUCUGGACAUAUUUGUUGGAAUGCAGACUGAAAGAUUCCACCAUAGACUGGGAGCUCCUCUCCCGUCGAUUUGACAACAUUGACAUCUCGUACCUCCAGCAGGUGAGCUACUGGCUCUACGAGAAGGAACUUCUGGAGUUGAAACGGGGUAUCGAAGACACAAAGAAACAACACACACAAAAAGAAGCAGUUCUGUUUUCCAGGCGGGUUUCUGCCAGUCCUCGGCAAGCGGCAGCCCUGCGAGACAUAAGCCCUCGAACACGGGUCUCUCCAGCCAAGUCGUUUAGCUUUAUCAACCCCAUCUCGCGAAUCAAGCCCUCCAUCGCCACCACUACGGUGCAGAGCAACACAGUAGUGCGCCUUAACUCCAUAGCUGAUGUCUUAGAGUCCAGGUCCGAGGCAACUCCGCGAACGUACGUGGAACAGACCAAUGAGUUGGAUAUGCAAUCCAGCCUCCUUUACGGCUCGCGGUUUGGAAACCUCAGGCCCACCUCUCCUUAUAGCGAGACCCGAUUGAUGAAGGAGUACGCCUCGCCGUCAGACUCGGAUGACGAGAUCCUUUUCGAUAGGUCACUCCUCCACGCUAACCCCCUUAUGGGCAACCUCUUCCCCGCACAAGUGUCCCCCAAGGACUUGAACCUCUCGCGGAUGGACAAACGCCUACGGGAAAUACAUCUGGCACAGCAGCUACCGCCAAAAGAAGAGGAAGAGGAUGACAACGGGAGUGAGAUCUCCACCACCAGUUUAUCUAAGUCUGCGUUGGAGCUUGCUCUUAUCGACGGAGGAUAG